AUGGAGCGGUCAAGCAUGCAGACCAUGGAAGGCCUUACAUUGAAGUUUGGUAUGGGUUUAUCCUUAUCUGAGAAGGAAAAGAGAGGACGGGAGGGGGUGUCAAUUAGGGCUUUGGGUGGGGCGCAGUUCAUGGCUAGAUUUGUUAGUCGGUGGGACAUGUGCCGUGUAUUGGAGGCAGAGAAGCCGUGGCUGUUUCGGGAGGAUCUGGUGCUAGUUGUCGAUGGGGCUCGUCAUAAUCAGAGGGCAGAACCCUUACACUUGGUAUCUAUAUGGGUGCAACUGCAUAACGUUCCUCCUUUCAAUAUGACAGAGGCGGUUGCUUUGACUAUUGGAGGAUUGGUUGGUAAGGUGCUAAGGGUGGAUAAGGAUGAUGGAAGAGAUUGUAUUGGACGAUUUUUGCAGGUGAAGAUUUCCUUUGAUGUCUGUGAACCACUCAUAAGGGGUGCUAAUGUAGAAUUCCCUGAUGAUGGGAGUAUGUGGGUGGACUUCCGCUAUGAGGGUUUGCUUAGCUAUUGCCUUAUCUGUGGCAAGAUGGGGUAUGUUACGCGACGGUGUGGGGAUGGCAAUAUUGGUGGUGAAGGGGUUUUAGAUGACGCUUUGGAAACUUUAUGUGCAUUUAAAAGAUUAGAUGCGGAGUUUGACUUGAGGGGGAAUCCUUUUGUGAAGCGUGGUGAUCUGCAAAGAGGAUAG